AUCUCUUGCUUUCCCUUCCCUAGUAAAUCAAAGAACACAAAGCAUCCAAAACAACACCAGGAAACUUCUUUUCAAUCGAUCACUCCACUGGUGAGUAGUGAGUGGCUAGUGACUGGUCAGUUCAUCACUUGUGAAGGUUUUGCAAUCAGGAAAAGUUCAGAAGAUCAUGGGCAAGCUCUGGACAAUCCUCACUCACGUUCAUUCCCUUGCAGGGCCUACCGUCAUGCUCCUGUACCCCUUGUAUGCGUCGGUGCAGGCCAUGGAGAGCCCAUCGAAGCUUGACGACGAGCAGUGGCUGGCCUACUGGAUCCUCUACUCCUUCAUCACCCUCGUGGAGAUGCUUCUCGAGUCCCUCAUCUACUGGAUACCGAUCUGGUACGAGCUGAAGCUGCUGUUCAUCGCGUGGCUGGCGCUGCCCAACUUCAGGGGAGCCGCGUUCAUCUACAACAGGUUCGUCAGGGAGCAGCUCAGGAAGCAUGGCCUCGCCGGCGCCGGCGCCGGCGCCGCCGCCAGCGUCGGCAAGAAGGACAAGUCGUCGCCGUCGUCGUCACCCAAGGACAAGGAGAAGACCAAGAGCAAGUUCCUCUCCUUCGUCACUCCCAAGAAGGAUCAUGAAGCUUACUGAGCCAAGAAGUGCUGAUCAGUCGGAUCCCUGAAGAUAGUUUUUUAGUGUGUGUACUGUUCCAUUUGUGUUUGUCCCUCUUCCUCUCCUUCAGAAGAGGCAGCUAGCUAGCUUCAUGUUUGGCUGGUCUUUUUGGCCAUCUGUGCAUGUCUGUAAACUUUAUUGGAGUGAGGGGAAAAAAGAGCAUAAUUAGUUGCUCCAUGUUGAGUUGUUAGAGUGGUUUCUUGUAAAUGUAAUUCAGGAUCUCAGAUGAGCAGACAAUAAAAACACACUGUUCCAGGAGUGACCUUUCUCACCUUUUCAGUUA